UCGUGCGCUUAUCUACUGAUAAGUGGCUUACACCGUCAUACAACUCACGCCAUGAAGACAGUUUUCCUAAUACUGAGUUUCCAAGUGGCAAUUGUUGGUGCAGAGCAUUAUCCUCAAGCUGGGUUAGAAUGCUACAAAUGCCACAAGUAUGACCAUCAUCACCAUGACGACAGGUGUCAUGUUCAGCAUUGCCAUGACGACGAGUUUUGCGAAAUUGACAUGGGACUCGAUGAUAUCGUGGAUGGAAAAUGCAAACCUCUCAAAGACUUCAAUCACUGCUUGCACGACAUGAAAACCUGGUGUCCAGACUUCAGGACUUUGUUUUACUACGGAAGAUGCAAGUUUUGUUGUGACGAUGCGGAGUGUGUAAAUCAAGCACUACAUAUCUCAGUUGACCCUUUCGGAUCGACACAGCCACCACCCACGACACCAAGCAGCCCCGACUGUGUAGAUCUAAUGCCGGGGUGUGCAACUACUGACAAUGUUUGUUCAAACACACUUGCCCCAGUUGUCUGCAAGAAGUUCUGUAGUUUCUGUGGUGUCCCAUCACCAACAUCGUCUACAUCAACUACAUCAACCACAAACCAACCUACUACCACGACUGCGAAACCAACAUCAACUCUACCGCCAUGUAGGGAUCACAUGAAAGAGGACCAGUGUCAUAUUCUUCCCAAUAUCUGUUCAGACAAACUCGCUGGUGACAUUUGUCCGGCGUUUUGUGGGCUCUGUCAAAAGGUUAAGCCAACACCUUCACUGCCACUUUGCACGAGUACAACACGAGAGGAUAACUGCGUCAAGGUUCCAAACAUUUGCAGCGAUCCUGCAGCGCCAUUUUUUUGCCCUGAGUUCUGCGGUAUCUGUACCAGACAAGUCACAGGUCGGACAGGCGGAACACCGACUGCUACAAUCACGUCCUCACAAGCCAAUACCGUCCUGCCUACAACUCCGUCGACGAGUACCGGAACUGCCCGGACAGGCGGAACAUCGACUGCCGCUAUCACGUCCUCAUCAGCAACCACCGUCCUGCCUGCAACUCCUUCAACAACGAUUACCGUGACCUUGGGUGGACGUACCUGUUCUGAUCACAGUCCAAUUUGUAGCAGUAUUGCGGACAUAUGCCACAACAAACUUGGUCCGCAACUGUGUGAGAAAACAUGUCGUUCUUGUGUCUCAGGUUUAAGCAGCACGUUACCAGCAUCUGCAUCCGUACAGACAAGCAAUUCCUCAAUGACACCAUCAGCCACUCACCCUGCUGGACCAGUUAGCCCUUCUACAUCAGGAAUUCCAACUCCGCCAGCUCGAUCAUGCUACCUGUGUGGGAACUACUCUACCUUUGACCCCUGUACGCUGGCAGAACUGACCCUUGGUGUACCUCAACCGUGUCCUUCUGGACAGUAUUGCAUGACGGACUUGUUCACCAUGUUAGACGGCAGCGAAAAAGUUUUCAAACGCUGUGUUAAUCAUCGGAUGUGUCUGAGGAAAUGGUACGCUGAGACGUCAGAUAUAAGUGUGUGUACGGACUUCAAACGUUCCAACAAUGUCUUGGAUCUGACAUGCCACUUUUGCUGUGUUGGUGACAACUGCAAUACCAAGAUCAUUCCUGAGACACAUGUAUUGUUCAAACCAUGAUGACAGUCCGACACCGUCAAAAACCUCAAACACAAUCGGUAUAACAAUAAAUAAAUGUAAA